AUGAGCAACUCUCCAAAACCCUCUCGACUGUCUACUUCCAAUGCAUUCGCUGUAGGAGAAUCUGUCACUCUUGCUACAACAGGACUUGUUGCUACAGUCAGAUUCAUUGGAACCACAUCAUUUGCUGCUGGCUUGUGGGUUGGCGUAGAACUCAACGAACCCAGUGGGAAAAACGACGGUUCUGUAGGAGAUUUUCGAUACUUUGAGUGUCCAGCUUCGCAUGGAUUGUUUGUCAAGACAUCGCAAGUUAUUCCAUUCGAAGCUGGAACAGAUUCGCUCUUGCAAGCGCCACGUCGGUCAGCGACCAGAACGAACAGCAACUCGCCUAAAAAUUCAUCUCCAAAGACGGCCGGUUCUUCGCCUCGGACGUCCUUGUCAAGGUCCGACUCUUCUCCAUCUCGAUCUCAAUCUCCAUCUGCUGGAUCUCCUUCAGUUACUGGUGUACGAAAUGCACCAACCAAAACUUCUUCGGAUCGUAAAUCUUUGAGUUCUACUACGCUAGCAUCUGAUCAUAGGCGUGUGUCGCAAUCUACACGGUCGCCAUCGUCUGCUGAAACUCAUUCUUCUACUACACAUAGUCGUCCUUCCUCUUCAUUGGGAGCUUCUCGUCCUUCUUUACCAGCUUCGUCUAGAACAAAAAUGGCCUUUUCUAGACUUUCACUUCCACCUUCUACCGAUACUACUGCCUCGAAAACAAAAACAAGACCUUCCUCAACAGUAGCUUCUCCAUCCAAAUCUUCUUUGAAACUCUCUGCUCCCAAUCGUAAGAGUCUCGGAAAUGCCAGCAGGCCCGAAUCUCCUUUGGCGUCCCCAUCUUUAAAACAAAAAACUGCGUUAAAACAAACAAGCACCGCUGGCACUAGCGUGUCGGAGAUUCUAUCCCAUUCAGAAUCAGCAAUUUCCCAUACAACUAAUACUGCUACUAAAUCUAAUGAUACUCCUACUACUAAAGCUUUAUUUAUUUCACAAGCGCAUAAUAUUCCUGCCGUUAUUGAUACCACUAAAGACAUUUCUCGCGAUGACAUGGACUUGAAGUUUGAUGACAACUAUGAUCAAAGCAAUCAUCAUCCAUUGGACUCGGCGCCAUCCUGCAAUAAUUCAAAUCCAAUCAAUACCCCAGUUAUGAAUAGACCAUCUUCUCGAACUACGUACCAGUCUGUAUCACCAUCUGCCUCAGAGUUUUCAUCUACUCCUGCAUUUUGUGGUCAUCGUACUUCGUUUGGUGCUCUUAUUGAAGACUAUAGUAUAGAUGAAUAUCAAAAUGCUCACGAUUCUAGCCAAUCUCACCACAACUCGAUCUCACAAUCACGACCGGAUAUGUCAUCUCGUCGAUCUUCUAUUCCUACUAUAUCUAAUACUAGUACAACAGCUUUACCAAAUACCCAGCAAAAAGAUAUUUCCGAUAAAAAGAGUUCAUCUGUAGCUGUACACGAUGCAUUGCAGAACUUUACUAAUCUUAUUUCUCGUCGCGCUUCUAUUUCUGCAAAAAAAUAUGAAAACGAGCCAGCUUCUCAGCAGAACAUAAGCAGUUUUCGAUCUAGUUUAACAAAUGGGCCAUUAACACUGCUUUCUUCUACUCCUGAACAUUCUGAACAGCAAUCUUAUACACCUGCUUCGAUUGCUGUAGCAAAGGCUGAAUCAGAAUGUCCAAAACCUAUCACUGAGGCGCAUACAUCAAAUAUCACACCCUUGCUCAACAACACGGAUUGUAUAAACGGUGUUACUGGGUCUAAUUUUGCUCUUGAUCAAGGGCUUUUGCAAAACCUACCCAAUGCGGAUAGGAUAAACCAAAACAGUGUUGAUGUUCAAAAAGAUGAUGGACAGGUUGACACAACUUACAUGUUAGGCUCAGUCAUAACGAUCCCUCAAACCCCAGAUCAUGCUCGAUCAUCAGCGCUGCAACAGUCAGAGCUUGCGUCACUCAAUAAACCUGCAUUGACACCCAUUAGACCGUAUGAAUCUCCACUUGUCACAGCUCUGUCUGAAUCAAUAGAACCCAUGGUCACCAAGCGCAAAUUUGAUCAAUUAGAGCACGAAUUUAAACUAUUGCAGAAUUCUUACGAGCAGGAUAAGCGUCGACUUGCCAAUUUGCGUCAAUCGGAAGAAAAGUGGACUACAACUGAAACAUCACUGGCAAUCUUGACAGAGAAGCAUUCCAAAGUUGUGAUGGAGUUACGUGAUAUCUCGAAAAAAUGUCAUGAAUUGACUACACAUUGUAAUCAGCUUGAAGCUGAAAACGCAGACGCAAUGGAUAGAAUGGAGAUGUUGCUGGUGGAUAACGAGAUUGUGCAAGAACAUGUGGAUGUAUUGAAAGAGGAUGCCAAAGUUAUGCAGGAUCGUAUUGAAGAAUUGACUCUAGAAGUGGAUGUUAUAAAGGCAGAAAAAGAACUGCUUAUUAGUGGUGAAGCAUUUGAUGUAGAAAAUGCUGGAGAAACGCCUAGAUUCAAUCAACGGCAGCUUGAGCUUCAGAAUGAGCGACUUCGCGAAGCACUUAUCAAAUUGAGAGAUAUGUCGCAUCAUACUGAAACUGUACUCAAGGAACAAAUUGAAUCUGCACACUUGAAUUCAUCUGCUUUCUUGACCAUGCAACAAAAACUUUUGGAUCUAGAAUCGAAACUUGGCCAUGCUCAUGAGUUUAUUGAUGAUUUGAAACUUCAAUUGGACGAUGCACUUGGAUCUGAAGAACUAGUGCAUUCAUUGACCGAUCGCAAUCUUGCACUUGGAGAGAAACUGGAUAUCAUGACAAAUAAUGUUGAAGAAUUAGAAAUGCUUAGAACUUUAAAUAAUGAUCUCGAAGAAGCACAUAUGGAGAUUCAAAAAAUGCUGACCAAUGAAAUCAAUAUCAAGGAUGCUGCUUUGGCUGAACUUGGUAGUCGUGUGGUUGAUCAACGAAAUACGCUGAUUGAUUGUGAAAAUACUAUUCAGCAGUUUCGUGAUUUAGUUGGUCAAUAUGAAAGGGAUGGCCAUGAACGAUCUCUACAAGCCAGUAUAUCAGAGCCAUUGUUUGAAAAUAAAACUCGACUGGAUUUACAAGCGCAAGUACAGAAUGCAGCAGCUUUGAACAUGGAACUUCAAAAAGCUGUUGAACAAGCCACAUUAUAUCGCAUAGACGCGCAGGACAAGCAGCUCCAGCUUGAACAAACUAUUCAGGAACUAAGCAUAGUCCGACUUUUUCUUCCAGACGAGUAUCUUAAAACAGACAACGAUGUUGUACAAUGUUUGCUGUUGUUACAGCGCAUAGCGAUUAAAAGUCACGUUGUCAGAAACUACUAUAACGAUUGUAUUACUGCACAGAAUAGUAUUGAGCUCAGUCAUUAUGCAGUGUAUUUGGACUCGUCAAGUGUUUUGUUGGGAUUGGAACAUACGGCCAAAAGAUUGUAUCGCGCUCUAGAAGUCACAUCAGAUGAAGCAUCAUAUUUAAAGUUUGGACGAUUGUAUCACCAAUUGUUGCUGAUUGAGCAUGAAAUCGACUCGGUCAAGAAUAACAUUCAAAGUAGCACUCCAACAGACCAAGACAACUAUUUCAAACUGUGCCACGUUUUGGAAAAGUUGAUUGAAUUUUUACAGCAUUAUAUUGACAAAGUAGACAAUGCUGUACCGACACUUCGUAAGCCGCUUCUCGUGGCUGCAUUGGAAGAAGCAUCACACCAUAUCGAGUGCAUUCAGCUUGAAACAAAUCUGAUCAAGUACAUUUUUUCCAAAGGUGAUUGCAAUGAUGAGGACUGUUUUUCUCCAAGCUCAGAUAUGCUAGAAGCAACGCAGUUACUAUCAUUACUUUCCCAUGCUACUGAAAAUGUGGAUAUUUGUAAAGAAGCUGUCAAUCGCCUUCGAGCCAGUCUCCAAUCAGUGUUCAAUCAAGACAUGACACCAAACAUAGAUGUGUCCAAUAAGGUGUUUGACACCUUGAUGCCUUUACAAGUGCUUUCGAAAUUUAUUACCACUUUGAGAAGCAAGCUGCAAGUCAUGGUAGAUGAGUUCAAACAAAAAAGGCGUGAAAUUGAUUAUAGCGCCUUGACACAUUUGCUUUCUACACUUUCAGCAGAUAUGCUUGGAUCGUUUGCAUCUAACCCCGGAGAGGCCUUUUCACGACGGGUGCAGGAUAUUUUGUCGACAUUUUUGGCACUCGAUAGUGUGUUGCAAGUCAAAGAUGCGUUUGAAGCUAUUGUGCCUGUUUUACCUGCUUGGUCGUGGCGAGCUGAUACUCUUAAAGCGGAAUUUGCACUCAAUGGGAUGCUGAAGCUCAAGGUUGAAAAGCUUGAGAGCCAGAUCUUUAAUGCAGCUCACGAAUUGGUUAAUAAGAAAGAAAUGCUUGGUGAAGCUACAGCCCAAAUCGAGGUUCUUAAAAGCAAGCUCGAAAACUAUGAUAAAUUGUCAACUACUGUACAAGAAUUAGAAGAUGAACUGGAAAAUGCAAAAGCAGAGGAAACGACAUUUAAAAAUGCUGUUCAGACCAUGCAAGCUGAUUUAGAAGCUGCUGAUAUGGAGAUUACUUUGCUGAAAAAGACAAUUAGAAAACUAGAACGGUCUGCUGUAUCUGGAUCUCCUGCCAAACCUGUAGCUGAUAGAAACCAGUCUUUUAAUGGAGCGCCAUUUAAUGAUUCGUUGUUGGCGAAUGGAUUUCAGUCGCAAGGAAUGAUUGAUGCCGAUACACUUGCCAAGAUGGAUGCGCAAAAAGCAGCAAUAUGGUUUCUUAUAACAGAAAAUGCUCGACUUAAAUCCACAGCACAGUCGAUUCAAAUGAUGGAGUUACUACAUCCAAGUGAUCCUAUAACCAAACUGGUUUCAAGACAAUCGCGACAAUCGGCGUUUGGUUACUCUGAUUCUGGUCAUACCCAUGCAUCUGGUAUUGACACGAAUCUACUGAAUGCCGAAAAGAUCAAGAAACUGUCAAUAGAAGCAGACGAGCUGGCCAAGGAUGUAUAUGAAUUCAAUGUUAAUAGUCGAGUUGUAGAUGUAUCGGUAUUUACAAAUGCCACUGUUGAGCCGACUACAAAGGAUAGUGCAAGAGGAACUGGGCCAAGAGUGCAAAAGUGGUUACCAUUGAAUCUUGACCCUCGAGUACAGUUGCAGAGCCAGCGCGCUAUAUUGGAUGGGUUUGCAGAUCGAUGGGAGAAAUUGCGAUGGAAUGCAUCUCAAAGCAUAAAAAUGACUGGUGAUCAAUCAGGCAUUGGCAAUGCAUAUUCAUCGUCUGCUACGCCUAGUAACAUUAUUGGACGUAUCUCGAUGCCGUGUAGUAUGCAAUCGAUGGAUCGCGAUGAAUCCAAAGGCCCACAAAGAGUGGAAGCACACACAUGGAAAGAGAUGUUUGAGAUACAAUCCUUGUUUCUAUAG